CCACGUAUUGCCAUGGCAGUGCUGGAAGUGAUAUACACAAUUCCCAAUCUGUGCCUCUUCAGAGCUGAGUGAAGUUAGCCCCACCUCCUGUGCCGUCCAGCCUUUCUUUAUAUGAUGUCUGUGGCCCAAUUGAGUUCAGAUGGUGGAUGCAGGACUGUGUGUAUGUCUGUCUGUCUAUGUGAGAUGAGCUGGAGUCAUAAGGCUGAGUUGUUCCAAAUGGUUUUAAUCAGCAGCCCAUUCGGGGAGAAUGGAAAACUUCUGUCAGGAUAAGAACUGAGUUGGAUUCUGUUCCUGUAACCUUUAUGAAGAGCUCUCUGGAGUGCUCUCUGCCUUUUGGACCUAUGACUUCUUGUUCAGUACCAUGGGGGAGUUCGGCAGCAGGAAUGGGAAGAACUUGAAUUAGUUGUGGAAAAACGCUCCUUUGCCUUUUUUGUGCCCAUGGAAAGUGGCUGCUGCAAAUGUUCCUGUGAUGUGGAAAAGGGCAAAGUGAGAAGGGCGAAGUGGUCAUGGUUUGUGGGCAGAUUCCCGCUUGCCGCAGGCUCUGUCGCCCUCGGCCCUUCCUUCUGGUGCUGGUGGUGGGUAUCUAUCUUUUCUAUCAGAUCCUGCCACCUAUACGGACCAAAAGAUUCUUUUUGGCAGUUGAUAAUGGGAGUUCACCAAACAAACUAGCUGAGACACAGCAAGAGAGAUACAAGGAAGUCUCUUCAAGGAACACUCAUUGCUUCUUCCCUUCCAGUAAUUCACAAACAGUGAAUAAGAUUCAAGACUCCAUUCUUAAGUACUUUGGGAGUCAUACAAGAAGAGCAAUUUUGUAUGUUCCUCCUUCCUGCGGUAAAAAAGAACUUCAGCUAUAUCAGCGCAUCCUAGCACAAUAUGGAUAUACAGUGACAGUCCUUGAAGACAGGAAACUGAUUGUAGGCCUUGGACAUGAGCACCACUACCAAGGCAAAUUAAGCUCUUGGGAUCUUCUGAUUUGCUUAUCUUCCAGUAAAACUGACGAUACAGACUGCUUUCCAAUAGAUGACUUCCAUCAGUUAGAAUUAUUCCAGAAGGUAAAUACACUCCCAGAGAUUCAGCACUUGCUUUGCAGAAAAGAAGGAUUAUGCCAGAUAAAUAGAGCGUUCCCAGGACUACACCUUCCAAUUUCUUUCCCUGGAUGCUUGGAUCAGCAUGUGCUGUCAAAGACAAUCAUCGCAAGUGGCCCUUCUCAGCCUGUGAAGUCACGUGAGAGUGAUCAAAGGACAAAUUUUGCCCAUCUGUGGUACUUGUGGAACCAGACUAAUAGUGCACAGCUGAGUUCUAUACCAGUUCCAGCCAGCCACAAGGAUCUCUUUAAAGCUCAAGACCUUUCCAUCAUCAUCAAAGCAUAUGUGCUAGUGACAUCCUUAACACCUUUGCGGGCAUUCAUUCAUUCAACUGCCAUUGUCUGGCUUCCUCCCAAGAAGAAGCACUUUUCCGUAAAGCUACAAAGAUUUUUUGAGACAUUCUUCAAAUCCAGUUCCCCUCAGCAAGUCUUUGAUAAUAUGAAAGAAACGAUAAGUAAACUCUUACUGGUAGCUGAGGCAUUCAGUGAAUCACCCAACGUUGGACCAAAGACCUUCAGUAGAUGCAGUCUAUGUUUUCAGAUGUUAACCUUUGACAUUGGGUUCAACACCUCCACUUAUCCAGUAGUUCUUGAGGUGCAUGAACACUUUGACUUUCAAGUUGAUGACUUGAAUUUUGAGGACCAAACUGUAAAAGAAUUCCUUCUUGAGGAUACGUUCAAGUUUAUCUUGUCUAAUAAGUCUUCAGCUUCCAGUGUCUUUGAGACUUUACAGAACAUUUACAAGUUAGCUAUGAUUAAGGAUGAAAACUACCAGAAGGAAUAUGAACAAUGUCUGUCUUUAGAAGAAAUAAAUUCAAUGAUUCAUUUUAUAAAAGAGCUGAAGAGUAUGGGACAAUUUGAGCUGCUUUUCCCAUCUUCUGUACCCAAGAUUCAAACUUUGCUGCAUGAUGUUUAUCACAUGGUAGACCCAAUGGGAAAGCUUGGGUCAGUCCUGACAGUACAUUGGUUUCUUUCCAAUUUACUUGAGCAGUUCCAGUUCAUGAAUAAAGAGGCACGUCCAAAUCUCUCAGGAUGGAAAAUCAAGAAGAGUUCCAGAAACUCAUCUGGGACCAUCAUGAAAUGGUCAAAGCCCAGGAAUUCUUUCCCAGAAAAAGAAGAUGUUAAACAAAGAACUCCUUUCAACGUAAUGAAAAAUCAUAAAGAAUUGCAUUUUUCCAAUGAGACUAGAGAAAAGCAUUGCAAUCACGAUAAAGAUACCCUAUCUCAUAUCAGGCAGAUCUUCACUAGCCCGCCUUUGGACCUGAAUCCUAAAUUUAAUCCAAAGAACAAAGAAUACUACACUGAAGUCCCAUUUGAUGUGGUGACAGUGAAGAUUGGAGCAGAACCCUCUAACUGUCAGUGCCAGGUGCACCUUGAUGAGAGGAAAGGACCAAGUGUUGCUAACUACCCCCUUGGCCUGGGAAUUAAUAAAAUCACUAUUCUAGUAACAGAUAACUCGCAUUCCAACUCCGAGGUUGUGAGCAGCUAUAAAAUCAUUGUCUAUCGAGAAGACCGCCCAAGUCUGCCUUUGUUUGAGGACUAUAUGGUGUGUGGUUUUGUGCAGGACUGUGGUUCGCUAAUUCAGCUGGAGGAAUCCUGUGGAUUACAGCCUCUGUCUCCUGAGUACCUUUCAGCAAUUUCACAGACACAGUUUAAGACUUGUGAAGCUGGGGACACAAAAGGGCAGUGGAUAGUGCCUUGCCUCAGCUGUUCUGACAACAGAACCUGUGACUGGCGAGAAAUAACAUGGCAGCCACACAACUGUCAGUAUUCUGUCCUGACUAAGCCAGAGCUCCAGCAAUGUGUAGAAGGCAGAAAGGUUCUUUUCAUUGGAGACUCAACUAACAGAGGGAUAAUGUACUAUCUGAUUGAAAGAGUGAAUGAGACCCUUCAGGAAUGGCAAAAGGCUCAUGACAUUAAAUUUUAUCAUAACAUAAAUGAUGGGAAAACAUUUAUCAGUUACUCCUACUACCCCCAGUUUUGGAUCAAUGUAAACCAGCGGCCAACGUUUGAAAAAGCGCUAGAACAGCUGUUACAAAGAUCACAUCCUCUUGAGAACACAGACCAGACGGUAUUGGUUGUGGGUGGUGUUCAGUGGCUUAAUUCCAAUCACCUGAAAAUUAUUCAAAAGGUGCUGAAGAGGGAAAAUCUAUCAAAUAUCCUGGUAGUUAUCAAAUCCAUAGGAAUGGGCUUUCAUCUACCAGUGGAUGGGAUACAUUCUUUAUCGCAGACUGAAGUGCAAAAUUUAUGGAAUGAAAAUUUGGUUAUUCUGGAUACUGCAAAAAGAUAUGGUUAUGAGGUGGUUGAUACUUUCAUCAUCACAAUGGGACGUUACAAAGAAUUUCUGCAAGGGAAGUGCGGAUGUCAUUUCCAUGAGGUGGUGAAAUCCAAAACGUCCAAUGAACGUCCUCCCAUUACAAUGAAGCUAUCAAGGCCCUAUACUCUGGGGAAAUAUUUCAACAGCCAAAGCAAACUCUCACAGCUGCAAGACUAUGCAAUGAAUUCUCAGUCACCGUAUCAUGUCAGAGGUCCAAUAAAUCAAGUCUAUUCUGAAAUCCUCCUCAGCAGGAUCUGUGCAAGUAAAAGCAAGGCUACUGACUCAUAGCCUCCAUCAGAUGAAGUUUUAAAGCAGGAAACUUUUUACUUCCUCAAAUGACAAGCCAAGGACCACAUUAAAUUUAUUUACAUGCUUCUCUGAUUGGCUGCACACAUACCAACGCCACUCAAGAUGUGGCGCUUUUCCUAAAGCUUUAUGACAUCAAGAUCUGCCCUUUCGGAUCUUAGGUUUUGGAAUGGAAAGAUGGAGAGAUGCAAAAAAAAGGGGCUGGGAAAGUUACUUGAAAUAUUGCCAAACACUAGAACAGCUGCAGGGCAAGCAACUGUGUACUGUGACAGUAAAGCGGGAGAAAGAGAUACACAUGACGUAUUUGAAAAGGGCUGCUUUA